AUGACGGAUAUCGUAGGUCAAGUGACGAUUGAGACAUUAGAAGAGAAAAAAUAUUCAAGUUCAGUCGUAAAAAUACGAGAUGGAACUACCAGCUUAGAUUCAUCACGUUCAUCAGCAAAUGUCAGCAAUUGUAACAAUUGCAGCAGCGACAACGAAAACAAUAACAACGGUGUCAAAAAAAAUUCAAAUCAAGUAUUGUCGUCGUCACCACAGCCAUCCAAUUUCUAUUUGACAUCAAAAAAUCCAAUCAACUUUUCAAAGAGAUAUUAUUAUGCUGAAAAUGAUGAUUUUAAUUUAGAGUACAGUCAAUCACCAUUAUCCGGUGCUCAAAUAGCAUCAAUUAAUGACAAUAAUCGUCGUCUCUAUGAUCUUGAAGAAUGGAAUGAUCUUUCUAAUGUCUCUGCCAUGUCUUUAAAUAAUGUAACGAGGCCACCAUUGACUCAUAAAUCAUCCAAUACUGAGAGUCUAUCAGAAUAUACUGGAGAAGAAAGUCAUAACAGCAAAAACAACAGUACUAGAGCGAGAGCAAUUAAAAAUUUGCCGUCACUUUUUCGUCCAUCAGUGCACCCAUCUAACCUUAAUAGUAAUAGUGGUUACGAUAAUGCAGGUUUACCUUCUAUUCACAAAGAAAAUAUUCUUGAUAUCGAAGAAUCUUCAAUAGAUUUAAAUCGAAAUGAUUUAAAUCAUUUCGAAGAGGAUUUAUCGUCGGACGAUGAGCUGAACGAGCAAGUUUUUCAUGUAUUAGCGGGGCCUCGGAAUACUGUCGGCAAAACUUUAAGCAAAACCAUCACAUCCUUAAAUAUUCAACGUCGACUACAAUCAAAUACUGGUCGAAAGGAAUCAACCGAAAAAUCUUUUUGUUCCGAAAAACCAAUGGAUGCAAUUGGGGGGGGGGGGACACGGAAAAAAUUAUCUCUAUCACUCAACGAUAAAAGAAUCUAUUCGAAAAUAAGAUGGUCAGAAGCACUUGCUCAAGGUUGGAAUAAGACGAUUUGGAUGAGAAUGGAGGUUGAUACAAAAAACUUAUUUUCCAAUCAAACUCCAUAUUCACUUUACGCCAAAUGGCUUAGUUUACCGCGAAAACAUCAAAUGACUGCUGAAAUGCCACCGGAAAAAAUUAAACUUUGGUCGGAGACGGAAGUUGAUUUACUUAAGAAAGGGAUAAAAUUCUUUGGAGAAAAUUGGGACUUGAUUCAAAAAACUUACCUCCCAAAGAAAACUAUCAGUCUUAUAUGUAAAAAGUCGCAUGAUUUAUGUCAGCAUGACGAAAUACAUAAUCUGCCAAAAAGAUGGUCAAUAGAAGUCAACUUGCUUAAAAUAGAGAAUCUACAGUAA